UUGUUUUAUGAUUUUCGUCCGAGAUUUUCCGAAAAAAUCCGAAAAAUCCGAAUUUCGCCCAUUUCGUCCAGGACCGGUAAAAAUCAAAAAACGAAAUCCGAAAUUCUGGGCACGAACCCUAGCCCUCUCGCUUGCGUGUGCGUGCUCGUCACCGCCUUUCCUCCUGCUUCCCCAUUGUUGCCGCGACGCCUCCACCGGCUACCAUAGAAUGAUGGCCGAUGGGAGUACAAGACAGGGAAGACGCCAGCGUUGGCCCGUCGCUUAGGCUGCUGGUGUCGCACGUGCUCCUUCCGGUGAAGUUCAGGAUCAAGCGACGACCCGGGCUGAGCUCGUGCUACAGUGAUAAACGGUGGUGAAUAGUAGCUACAAUAUCUACAAUUAACAAAGGAGCUUGCUGCCACGCCCCAGGCCAUGGCCAGUGUAGCCUGGGGCCUGGCUACACCACUGGUCGCACUGGUCAGGUCUGGGCAGAAGGCCGGCCCCUGCGGGGGAAAGGAGCGGGGGUUGGUGCAGCGGCAAAUGAGGACGGGGUCGGCCGUGGAGGGAGGCUCGCCGGACGGAGCAGUCGGAGCAAGGAGGCAGGGUCGGCCAUGGAGGGAUUUUGCUUUGGGGUCGAUUCAGUUUGCUGUUCUCUCCUGAUCGAGCGGCUGCAUUGUUCCACCUUUCGCUUUGAGUUUGUUGUCGCUGCCUUGGAGCCGCGCAGGGGGCCGCCGCCAAGGACCUCCCCGAGAUCCUCUAUCGUGUCCUCCACGGCCCCCCGCGACGAGCGCAAGGACCAGGACGACGUCGCCGUGGCGGCCCCGGGGGCAAGAGCGGCAAGCGGCGCUGCGUCGGCGGCGGCAGGGCCGCCGCGGCUGAGGCCACCAAGGCCCGGCGCGAGAAGGAGGCGGAGCACGCGCAGGCCGUGCCCGCGCGCUACGACUCUGACGAGGCCUUCCGCAACCUCUACGACGGCGUUGCCGACCUCUUCGCCGGGCUGCUCAAGUCGAGCCUGGAGCACCUGCGCGCGGGCGACACGGCCAAGAUCGCGUUCGCCGCCAAGUGAGGCCAUCGCGCGUCGCGUCUUCCCGCACGACUCGAGCCCCGAGUACCUCGCCAUCCCCCACAAGCACUACGCCUGCCGCGUCCGCAACCGGCUCCGCUGCGAGGUACAGGUGCCUCUCCGCAAGGUGCUCGAGCUCCCCGUGGUCUACAUGAGCGCCUGCAAGUGGGACGAGCUGCCCUACGCGCGCGUGGCGUCCACGGCCAUGCGCCAGUACAAGGAGGCGUCCUGGAUGGUGCUUCUUUCUUCUGAUCAUGGGGUCGGUGACGGCGGCCGGAAACCAGGAGGGCUGGCCGAGAAAGAGGGUGAGGACCUGGGGAUUGAAGAGGGUUCCUAUGCAUAUUGUUCAUUUCAAGGGAAAUAAUAAAUAAGCAAAAGGAGUAUCCACGGGAUGGAGCAGAGGCCGGCGUGGGGCGCAAGGAGCAGCAGUGGCAGAAUGGUGCUGCUUGCCGGGCAUUGGCCCUCGGAUGAAUUUGACGCCCGAGUCGAGCUGACGAGCCCCAUGGUUUGCUAUCAAUCUCUCAAAAAGGAAAAACGACAUUACUUUGUUAUUGGGAGAAACUUCCAGUAGAGUCGCUACCUUGACAGAGAUAAAUAUGCGAUCAAGGAUAUAUUCAGUGGUUUUUUGAGGAAAAAACUUGGAGGAUAUUUUUGCAGAUAGUUUGGUGCUCACAUGGUUAUUUUGUCGAGAUUCUCCUUCUGUUCAUUAUUUGGGAACCAUCUCCUGCAGCUCAGCUACUGUCCAGCUGCUGCCCUUAUGGUGAUUGAUUAAUGGUGUAUGUUUUCCUAUUAGUUUCUCUGUAUGCCAAUGUCUGAAUCAUAUCUCGACGUUUUACAUUUCUCCCGGCCUUGGAUUCCCUGAGAUGUGCUAUUCGUAGGCAUGCACUUUCUAAUAAAAUUAUGGCAAUCAAUUUGAACAAGUACUAUAUCUAGCUACAACAACCUAUUGUUUAUGUUCCUUGCUUUCGCAAAUAGUAGUUUAUAGUCUAUAUCUGCCAAAUAUCUACACAUUAGUUUAGCCACAAAGUAAGAUGCCAUACUUUAGUCGUGGGUUUGUUAUUCUGCUAUCGUUUCAUGUUGAUUAGCCAUGAUAAAUCUAAUUUCUAGAGUAGUAGAUGAUUCAUGUCAGGUUUGUUUUAGAGAUCGAAAUAUGGUCUGACUCUGAAAUAAGUAGUACGGCGUCCAGUUCGGCAUAGGUAGUAGAAAGAAUACUAAUCCCAUUUACAUACUAUACAAAAACUGAAUGGCCUUCUAAAGCUCUGAAACUACUAUUUGUUGUGUAAUAUGUAUCCCCUUUUCAUACUUUGUAUAUGCUUUCUACUUAGUAGGCCAAAGUACAUGAGAACGAUGGCCUACAGGAUGUGAAUUGCACUAAAAUAUGUACAGGUUUUGUGCCGGACUAACUGUCAGUAUAGUAUUUCAGGUGCUUCUUCUGUAACUUGAUGGAAGCUAGGAGGGCCGAGAUGAGCAUCCGGCUUCCUGGGUCUAAGCCAUCGAGAUGGUAGAGAGGUUGUUUCCAUGUCAUCUACUCUAGCAGCCGGACAGGGCAUAUAAAAACCAUGGAUCCUUGCUCCCCAGGCCGCAAAAUGGACACAGUGAUGUCUACGACCUCCUCCUAGAUGUAUUAAUCUCAAUCUCAUGUUUGGUUUU